GCUGGGACUUCCCCGAUGGCUCAGCUGAAUAGAGAGGGACUUUCACGGAGUGGCUCUUACCGGCCUCCCUUCCCCGGGGGAGUUCCGCCUCCAACCCCUCCUCCUCUUCCUCCUCCUCCUCCUGGCCGCCUGCCUCGGCCCUUUCCCGGCGGCUUCCAGAGCCGAGGGAAGCCCCAGCCCGGGCGCCCGGAGUGCGUGGCUCAAGGCUGCCAGGUGUGCCCGGGCGCCUCGCCAACUCCAGGCUUUCCAGUUUGGGCUUUGGCCUCCAACUUCCCACCAUCAGAAACCAUCCACAUAGCCCAAUUCCCACCCUACCACACUUUUGGGAAAAUGAUCCUCCUCUUUUUAGAUGACCCCCGAUCCCCUCCUGCCUGCAACUGGUUCCGAGGGAGAGAUCAAAGCAAGAAAAGUCACAUUUUCAGAGGGCAGUCCGAUCCCGUCUCGGGAUAUUAUAGAAUCAACCAAACGGGGCCAGCCUUCACGGGACGGGAAGAUGUGGAGAAAGGAUGCUCCUUAAUCAUCCAAAACGUACAGGACUCUGAUGCUGGACCUUACACUGUCUCCAUGGUGGGGCUGGGAGGAAAGGACUGUGUAACUGGAGUGAGAAACCUGCAACUUUCUUAUUCCCCUUUCAUCUCCCAUCCUGAAGCCACCCGCUUGGUCCAAUUCCCACCAAACCCACGGGUUGGCCAAUCAGUCUACCUGUACUUAGACGAUAUCCCAAAUCCUACCGACUGCAGCUGGUUCCGUGGGAAGGAUCGACGCGAAGAAGGACGGAUCUUCAGAGCAAAAUUUAGUAGGACCAGCCAUUCCUAUCUCAUUGAUCAAAAAGGAGCAGCCCACAGAGGACGGGAGGAGGUGUGGAGAGCGUGCGCCUUAGUUAUCCGAAAAGUGGAGGCCUCGGAUGCUGGACCUUACACAAUCUCCGUGGGGGAUGAGUGGGACGCGUAUCCCAUAACGGCAUGGAGAGAAUUGCGAGUAUCCACCUAGAGAUGCUUGGAAGAUGCCUCUGUCCAUUUGGGCGUCUUGAUCUUUGGAAGAGAAACAAAGAAGCUGCAGUCCGUCAGUCACGGGGGAUUCCCAGAAGGGAUCCGCCAUUCACUUCGUCUGGGAUCCCUCCCCGGUUUCUUUCCUUCACCCACCAGCAUUAAAAUGUCUUCUGGCAAAACG